CGGCGGAGGGGAGGGGGCGCGCUACCCAGCGUAGUGCUGCUAUUCACGAAGCGGCGCCGUACCUUGGCUCUGCCUUGCGGCCCCUUGAAGCGUUGGCGUAGCGGCCGCAAUUGGCGUAGCGCUCGGAGCGGCGGCGGCGGCGGCGGCGGGGCGCGGAGCGGAGCGGGCAGGAGCUGCGGGCGGGGGCCGGGCCCAGGCUGACCUGAAGACCUGCAUCAAGGAGCUGCGCAGGAAGAGGAGAGAGAAACUGGAAGCUCUCUGCAUGUGCUGCACGCAGACCUAAGGCUUCUUCAGAGACUCAGGAUGACUUCCCACGAGAGAUGCUUUCUGGAGGGGUUCUGCUGACGACGGAGCACAGCAGCCUCCAACGGGGACAGCUCCUGCUGGUCUGGAGCUGAGACUUGCUUCUCUCCCUUCCUUUUCCCUCGGAGAUGUUGCAGAGGUUUAACCUGACCUCCCCCUCCUCACCUGAAGCCUGCCGUGGCGAUGAUCCAGCAGCCCGAUCCGACCACCAAAGAGAAGAGGAUUGCGCGUUUGAAGCCGGGCCGUCGUUGUAACUGAACUGGAAUUUACUCCCCGCGUACGCUCCGGGAGCGAGAGCUGUUCCUCUGCUCGGCUGUGUGCGUGCUGAGCCGCUCCUCCCUGUCUCGUCUGGAGUUCCUGGGCUUUCCACGCUGAAUUUGCCCAUGGCUUUCCUGAUGAAGAAGAAGAAAUUCAAAUUUCAGACAAGUUUUACUCUGGAAGAGCUGACUGCUGUCCCCUUCGUCAAUGGCGUUCUGUUCUGUAAAAUCAGGCUGCUGGAUGGAGGAGACUUUGCUAGCUUGUCUACCAGAGAGGAAGUGCAGGAAAACUGUGUCCGCUGGAGAAAGAAAUUCACCUUCGUGUGCAAAAUGAGUGCCAACCCCGCCACAGGGCUCCUGGACCCCUGCAUCUGCCGAGUAUCUGUGCGUAAGGAGCUGAAGGGCGGAAAAACCUACUCCAAGCUGGGCUUCGCUGAUCUAAAUCUGGCAGAAUUUGCGGGCUCUGGAUCCACUGUCCGUUGCUGCUUGCUGGAAGGAUACGACACCAAGAACACGCGACAGGACAACUCCAUCCUAAAGGUCACCAUCGGGAUGUCCUUGCUCUCGGGGGACCCCUGCUUCAAAACGCCGCCUUCCACAGCCAAAUCCAUCACCAUUCCGGGGCAGGACUCCACCCUGCAGCUCACCUGCAAGGGCGAGGGAACCACAAGCAGCAACAGCACUUCAGCCCCAAUUGGCUCUCUGCGUCAGAGCAAGCCGCGAGCAACCAUCCUCAGCUCGGCAGGUGUCCCAGAAGAACCCGAUCAGAAUCUGUCCAGCCCCGAGGAAGUCUUCCACUCAGGGCACUCGCGGAACUCCAGCUACGCCAGCCAGCAGUCCAAGAUCUCUGGUUACAGCACAGAGCACUCCCGUUCUUCUAGCAUGUCCGACCUGACCCACCGCCGCAACACCUCCACCAGCAGCAGCGCGUCCGGAGGGCUCAGUAUGACGGUGGAGUGCCCCGAGGGAGAGCGCGACCACAAACUAGAGAAGCCGCCCCGGCCCCCCAGACCAGCUCUUCUGCUGGACAGACCCUCUCGGAGGAAAAAGGAUUCAGUGGAGAGUCAUCCAACCCGAGUGGAUGACACCAGGAUUGAUGCAGAUGAUAUAGUGGAGAAGAUAAUGCAGAGUCAGGACUUCACAGAUGUCAGCAAUACUGAAGAUAGCAACCUGAGGUUGUUUGUGAGCAGAGACGGAACAACUACACUGAGCGGUAUUCAGCUGGGAAACAGGGUCUCGUCUGGAGUUUACGAGCCAGUGGUGAUUGAAACCCACUAAAUGUGAAGAACAGGGUAGAGCUGCUGGAAACAGGCCCCCUACCCGGUCCGCUGCCACAUGGAUGCCAACCUUUACCUCUCUUCAUGCAGCAUUCCAGAAGGGAUUUCUCCACGCCCCUCCCCGUACAUUUGCACUGCAGAACUACUCCGAGACCACUCCAGACCGUGCACUUUCCCUGUCGGCAGUACCCUCCUCCACUUCCCAGUUCUUCCAGUGCCUGCCCUCCCCUGUUCCCAAGCAGACGCCAGGUGUCUGUUGGAUGUAUCCUUAGUCCUAGAGGACGUUGCUCUUCUGCACCCCUCAUUCCACCCGUCCAUUCGCAACAGGGGACGUCUCAGCUUUGUCUCCCCAAAACAUUGGGUUAUACCACUGUGAACUCUUCAAACCACUGGGGGAGGGGGAAGCCAUUGUAACCAAACCAAGAGCUGCUUGUUGGUGACACGGCGGAAGGGCCGCUUGCGGGAUGCUUUAUACAUUGACUCUGCAAGGGAGCAUCACCUUCCAAGGCAACAGUUUUACUGAACGAGGUAUGCUGUGGUGUGCACUUCACCUGGCUACCGUCAGAUCCCCAAACAGCUUCGUAUAGGAAAUAUCUCCCGAAAGUGCAUUUCAGAAAAUUACUGCAAUCCAGAUGGGAGCUGAUUAAAUGGUUAAAUGCUUGUUAUACCACUAACUGCAUCGUGCCCUUCCACUGCUGGGCAUGGAAGGGCAGUGCUCACCUAUUAGCAUUACCAGGAGCACUUUAGAGGUUCCAGAUUUUACCUGGAGGAGGCUUAUACUUGCUUUUCCAGGGUUAUAAUCCACGUUUGCUGGACUGAUUCAGCAAAUAGUUACUGUUGGAGCUUGGAAUACAAAACCUCUUUUUUUUUUUUGGCUCAGGAAGGGAGCUGCCCUUCUUGGACUGUGAAAAGAUUCUCGUUAUCUGACGGCCCUCCCUGGGCCGUGCAGUUAUCUGCAGCGGUCUCUCUGGUGGUGGUGGUAACAAUUGCCUCUCUCGGCCUGGGCCAGUACGGGAGUCGGUGUUGGUUGGCCUUUCUUGACCUGUCAGCAGGGAUCUACGCCUGAGCUGGUUCCUUUUGGGGCUGGGGAGAAGUAGGGCAAGAUGAAGCCCCCGUCUUUGCCUUCAGAGGUAGGACGGGUGUUUCCUGCUGCGUUAGCCACAGCAGCCGUUCCUACCUGCUCCGUGGCGAGUCAGCUCUGACAAGGCUUCAAACUCUUUUUCUGGUUGAUCCUUCAAUUGUUCCUCUUUGGGUUUUUCUGCAGUUGUUUGACACUUGAGCUGCCUCCUUGCAGCGUGUGGCAGAGGUGUCAGUCCCUUUCAGCUCCCACUGAUAGAUUCUCCUGGCAGCUGCGUUGCAGACGAGGAUCUCUGCAGACUCCAGCCGCGGGCUGUGCUUGCAGCCCUUCCUGUACAGAGACUCGUGGCCUGUAAGCUAUUUCUGUGUAGUGCCCUUUCCUCUUUUGCCGGUGUACUGUAGUAGCACUCAGCAGCCAUGCACUUUGAGUAACGGCGCGCUCCUGGCCCCGCCGGGAGCGUGCCCUCCUCUGACACACGUGUGCGUGCACACUCACGGGCACACACCUGCCCCGCUCAGCAAGGAAAGACUUGUAAUUGAUCACGUUGUUGUUCAAACUUAGUUAUUGUAAAGCC